AUGUCUAAAAACUUCGUAAUACGGCAGGGCAUCCAACCGUUUAUUGAGGUUAAAUCAAAAUUCGAUUCGGAAUGGCGAAGGUUUUCUUUGACUCCCAGCAACCCCGAAGUACACUCGUAUGAUAGUUUUCGUGGGCUUGUGGAAAAGUUGCAUCAUCUGGAGAAUGUGCCAUUUACUCUUUGCUACAAUGCAGCAUGUGGUGAUCUUCUGCCAAUUACGAACGAUGAGGCAAGUUUACAGUUUUUAGGUUCUUCUCGUCCGGUGUUACGUUUAUUGAUCCAGCGUAAAGGUGAAUCAUGGGAAGAGAAAUACGGGUACGGUACCGAUAGUGAUAGAAAAAGGAAAGGUCUGUCAGCGCUCAUACCAGUGCAAAAAAUACCGAAAAGAAAUUAUUCAAUCUCGAAUCCUGAGGAUUUCCGUCAAGUCUCGGCAAUAAUUGACGUCGAUAUCGUUCCGGAAGCUCAUCGUCGCGUGAGGCUGUGUAAGCACGGAUCGGACCGCCCCCUCGGAUUCUACAUCAGGGAUGGCACAUCUGUGAGGGUAACAGAACGUGGUGUUGCUAAGGUGCAAGGCAUCUUCAUAUCACGUUUAGUUGAUGGAGGUCUAGCAGAGUCCACCGGACUCCUGGGAGUCAAUGAUGAAGUAUUGGAGGUGAACGGAAUCUAUGUGCAGGGUAAAACACUGGACCAAGUCACAGAUAUGAUGGUUGCCAACGCACAUAAUCUUAUCAUCACUGUGAAACCCGCAAAUCAGCGUAAUACGCUGCAGCGAAACACAUCGGGAAGGACCCCCAUACCAGCUUUAGAUGCUGACUCUGAAUCAGAUGGCGAAGUAACACUUGCAUUUAGGCACAACAGGUUCCCUUAUGAGUUGACCGCUGAUGGGGUUUCAAUUAAUCUCGUAUAUUUCGAUCACUAG